AUGCCGCCGAAACGAAAGUUCAAAGGCACAAAGGUCAUCUCUAACAGCCCUCUGAAGGCACCGCUACCGUUCCAAAUGACAACGCGUCGCGGUGCAAAAGGCACGUCUAACCACACGAGCUCGGCUGGCCCAUCUAGCGCAAGCUCUGGCAGCCGUCGUAGUUCUCUGGAUGAAAACGCGCAAAACGAGGAUGCAACUCCCGACCAUGAGGAUGCGCGACCAGCCAAGCGCAGCCGAACAUCGUCCGAUUCUGGUUCGCCGCAGAGAUCCAAUGGCUCAUUCGACAACAACACACCCAUGAAUGGCACUCAAACUCCAGAGCUUCAGAAACCUGCAUCUAGUGCGACUUCAACGGCACCAAAAACAGCAGCAAAGAGGAGACGCGCAUCAGACGAUUCAUCACAGUCCAGCAAAACACGUCCAAACGGAGUUCUCACCCGAACCCAAAGCGAUGUCUCCGAACAACAACCGCGCAAAAAGCGCAAAACAAAAGAAUCGCAAACCGACACCGCCGCCGACCAACCUCCUGAGUUAACUGAUGCUAGCACUGCACCCAACUCACCUGAGCAGGUUCCAGAUGUUGACGGCAGUCAAAGCCUUCAGAACGUUCUGCCGACCAAUGGCGAUGCCCCUGCAAAGUCCGGCAGGCGUUUGCCCGGUCGUCGGCGCCAACCGCAUCCGGACAUCAAUGUGGAGACUGAUUUGCGCCGACAGCUCAAUCUUAAGAUGAGCUACCGCAGUCUUGCAAAGGUGCAAAAGGCUUUAUUAGAAGAGUUGGCAAACCGUACUACGAAGAAUCUUGAAGAUGACCCCCAGUAUCACAAGAAAUGUCCGGAGUACGAAGCCGUCAUGGCCCAGCUGGACCAACGCCGCGACUCGCGUCUGGACCAGAUCAAUUCCCUGCGCACAUAUCGACUCGAGGAAUUAGAGCGCAUCCGCGUCGCCGAGGAGCACAUUCAGCGAGAGCAAUACGUCAAUCGAUUCCGGGAACUUCAGGAUGACUUUAUGCUCCAGAUAUUCUUCCGCGCGAAGCAGCUGGAGCGGGAGAUGAAGAGCCAACACGCUGAUGCCACAGACGAUGAAGAUAACAUCCUUCCGCCAACAUUCAGCGACGAAGUUCACCAUGCCGAAGACUAUCGCAUCGGAUCAAAGUUCGCCUCACGGAGCAGGGCUUACGUUGAGGCGGACAAGGAACUUGAGAACGACUCAGUACGACGGAAGUUCACUGCAGCACGAGUUGCCUUUGUUGAGAAUGAUGAAGAGGCUGAUGAUUCGAUUGAGGACGUAGCUGGUGGCUUCGCCAAGUUUGACGGCCCAGAUCGCACCGAAGCUAUUGCGCAUUACAACAUUGCGAGCCUCGCUGAUGCUGCCAUCGAAGUCGAAAGGACGCCAACACCACAACCAGAACCAAAGGCGAUUGAGGUCAUUCCAAAUGAGCAUGCUGCUCUGCUCAUGAUGCUUGCAGAUAUAUCAGCACAUCAGCCGCGUACCACUGCCGCUCCAAAACCUCAAUACCACUACCCAGAUCCUCGUCAGCAGCCCCCACCGCCGCCGCGAGCGACAACACCGGUUAUCAAGCAAGAGUUUGUACGAGAAAAGUCGCCGGAAUUCGCACAGCCAGCCAUGCCACUAGGAUUGCCGUCGCAAGCUGCGCAUAGCAGUCCGCCCAAAGUUACCCAGGUGGCAGUGGAUCUUACUCAAAAUGUUUCCCGUUCGGAGCCCAAUGCUGCACCGUCAACGAAAGAGACUGAGGCCCCUGCAAAGACAACUCCAAGGUUAUCCACACAUAGAAUCAUGGAUAUUCUCAAUGACGAUCAAGAAGUCCCAGUCUCGAGGACAAGGGAAUCGCAAUCCUCAACUCAGCAACCCAGCACACCAUCAAUGCGGGAAUCUUCCAUACAUCCUCAAACGCCAUCUAGGAGCGAUGCUCUCAGAGUAGACGCUGUCAUGAACAAGGAAGAGCCACCUAUUGACCAGGCACUGAUGGACGCGUUGAGUGGCCCGCCUCAGAGCAACCCACCGUCGUCACCCCCAUCGAACACUCAAUCGUGGCAACACCCGAGUGUGCCACCCCAGUCACGAGAGUCUGACGAGUCCUUACGUCGUCGGGAUCCUCUGCAAAAGAUCAGGGAACUUCUAGACCGGAAGGCACGCGAGCUUGGUCGAGAACCUCCAGACCGUUCUCACUACAGGCAGGCUCCUGCUCACUGGAGAAACUCGAUGCUCCCGAGCAUAAACACCCAAGACCGAGGAGAAGUCGCGGCAUAUGAUCCGACCAGGCCAUCUACUGGGCUGUAUGAUGCAUUACCGGGUAGUUAUCAUUCGCGUCGGCAAUCCCAUGAACAAGCUCCUCAGCCAUGGGAACAACAUGGUAGGAGGACGAGUGGCCAUCAAGUGUCCCAACAAUCGGCAGCAUCGCCAUAUCAGGCCCAUGCUCCCCAGCCUCACUACGGGGAACAUAAGCAAGGCCCAACUCCACCAACACAUCAAAGCCCGUAUGCACCACCGUCAGGAUCGUUGCCACUCCCUCCAAAGCCACCUGGUCCACUGCCAUCAGCGCCGCCGAUCAACUUCCGUUUUGCGCAUUAUGAUCCUGCGCCGCCACGCCAACCGUAUCCACCGCAAUCACCAAGCUACCCACCCGCCUCACAUCCGCCACAGGGUCCGCCACAACCGUCAUACCAACCAGCAUACGGCGGCGCUCCAUCCUACCAAGGCGGUUACAUACCACCUCCAGGAUCUUUCCAAGCACCACCGCCACCGCCCUCCUCCAUGGCUCCAUACCAACCACUCAAGAUCCACCAGUACGGCGGUCAACCCAUACUCCCCGCAAACAUGGCACCACCCCCACAUAGCGGACCACCGCCUCUACCCUUCAUCGGCCAAUCUGGACCACCGCAACAACAGGGGCCUCCUCCUCCUCAGCACCAACAACAGCAGCAGCAGCAGCAGCAGCAGCAGCAAGCUUACUCUCCAACGCAUCCCCAUCCCCCACCGAUGCAAUACGAGCAACGCGAAGCACACUCUCAGAGUAACGGUGACCGGUCUUCAGAUUCACAAUCAAGACCUAGACGGCAGUACAGAAGCUAUCACGCCCCCGGCACGCAAUUCCGAAGCUACCAAGGUCCCGGAGAACAGCGGAGGAGAGGCGGCUGA